GGGAUCGGUCUUUAAUUGUUUUUUUCAUCCUGAUCUAGACUGAAAAUCUUCUUUAAUUUGAAUGUCAGCCAGUCAAGUUGUUGUGAAUAUUAGAAUAGAGUGAGAGACUGAUAAAAGUCGAGUACUAAUAAAAGUCAAGUUCAGAUUUGCUGACUUCUUCAUAUCUUGUUUUUUUUUUAGUGUGCGUUUCCAUGGGAAUCUUCGAGGACAUGGGUUUCUGUUCUAAUAUUGAUUUUGUCGAAGUCCCUAAUGGGGACGUUGAGUUGGCAGCAGAAUGUGAACCAGUGGUUGCGGUUGAGGAGGAUGAUAUUGAUGAAGACGUGGAUGUUGAUGAGCUUGAGAGGAGGAUGUGGAGAGAUCGAAUGCUUCUGAAGCGGCUUAAAGAACAAAACAAGAAUAAGGAAGCAAUUGAUAGUACUAAGCAGCGUCAGUCACAGGAACAAGCCCGAAGGAAGAAGAUGUCGCGCGCACAAGAUGGUAUCCUCAAAUACAUGCUGAAAAUGAUGGAGGUUUGCAAAGCUCAGGGCUUUGUGUAUGGUAUCAUUCCUGAGAAUGGAAAGCCAGUGAGUGGAGCUUCUGAUAAUCUGCGAGCCUGGUGGAAGGAAAAAGUCAGGUUUGAUAGGAAUGGCCCUGCUGCAAUUGCCAAGUAUCAAGCAGAUCAUUCAAUCCCUGGGAAAAAUAGAGAUUUUAGUGCGGAGGCAUCCAUGCCUCACACCUUGCAAGAGCUUCAAGACACAACUCUUGGGUCACUUCUCUCAGCUUUGAUGCAGCAUUGUGAUCCACCACAGAGACGUUUCCCAUUGGAGAAAGGUGUUGCCCCACCAUGGUGGCCUAGUGGGAAGGAGGAAUGGUGGCCUGAGUUAGGUCUGCCAAAGGAUCAGGGGCCUCCUCCUUACAAGAAACCCCAUGAUUUGAAAAAGGCUUGGAAAGUGAGUGUUCUCACUGCAGUAAUCAAGCAUAUGUCCCCAGACGUUGCCAAAAUCCACAAACUUGUCCGUCAAUCUAAAUGUUUGCAGGAUAAAAUGACUGCGAAGGAAAGCGCCAUGUGGCUUGCAAUAAUCAGUCAAGAAGAAGCAUUGUUUAGAAAAUUGUAUCCUAGUAGCUGCCUGCCUCUGUCUGCUGUUGGGAGUGGUUCUUAUGUCACUGAUGAAACGACUGAUUAUGAUGUUGAGGGAGUAUAUAAGGAACAAAAAGCUGAAGUGGAGGAGUGCAAGCUGCAUGAUGUUAGUCUCUUGAGUGCGGGGGCAGCAGGGCAGAAAGAUAGGGUUAUAAUCUCCCCAUUUCUUCCUCAAAUUAAAGAAGAAUUUGUUGAGAACAGCUCACCUUUCAAUUAUAAGAGAAAGCAUCAAACUGAUGAGCAGCAGAUGUUGAUGGAUCAGAAUAUAUACACCUGUGAGUACCCCCAAUGCCCAUCUAAUGACUAUCGCUUUGGAUUUCUUGACAGGUCUUCAAGAAACAAUCACCAGUUGCAUUGUACUUUCCGUGAUAUUUCUUCUCAACGAGUUGGAAUGUCAAACUUCCAAGUCACUGGUGAGACAGCAGCAGUUUUCAGUGUACCCUAUGCUCAAACUAAGCCAACUAUGCCACCGGUCAAUCAGACGGGCCCCAAUAUGGCAGUACUCGGACUCCCAGAAGAUGGACAAAGAAUGAUUUCUGAACUCAUGUCCUUCUAUGAUUCCAGUCUUCAGCAGGACAAGAGCAUGGAUCCUGGGGCUGUCAAAGUAAUAGGGUGUGCAGCUCAGCUGCAGCUGCAGCAACUACAACACCAGGAACCAAUAUUUGAGCUUCAGCCAGUUGAUGGCUGCUAUGGGCAAGGAGUUAUAUUGGGUGGCAACAUCGCUCAAGGAACGAAUCUGCCGUUGGAUGACUCUUUUAUCCCAUCAAUGGAAAUUCAGCUUGAGCAGUGCAAGGCAUUUGAUGCUCCAUUUGAUACCAAUUACAUUGACAGUAUGUCUGACUUCAGAUUUGGCUCUCGUUUUAGCUUCCUAUCUACUGAUUGCAUUGCAGACCCUCUCCCAAUGCAGGGUCUGGCCAUGUGGUAACUUUGCUGGAAGAAGUAGGGAUUUCAUACUGGUUCUCAUGCAUGUUGGUUGAAGGCACUAAAUGAAGGGGAAGAGACCCUUCUUGGAAAGUCAUUAGUACAGCGUCACUGCUCUAAAUGGGCAAUGCUUAUUAUAUAUUCUCAUUGUAUAAGUUGUUUUAUACUUUUAUGUGUUUGUAUUUGUAGAUAUUUGUUGUAUUUGUAGAUAUUUGUGUUUGUAAAACUUUGGGCUUGUCUUCUGAUAAUAAUGAAUAAAAGUUGUUAAUAUAUUC